CCGGUUCCGGUUCGGUCUCCUGGGCCCCGCGGUACGCAGCCAUGGCGUACUCCACGGUGCAGAGAGUAGCGCUGGCCUCCGGGCUCGUCUUGGCCGUGUCGCUGCUGCUGCCCAAGGCCUUCUUGUCCCGCGGGAAGCGGCCGGAGCCGCCACCGGGCCCGGAAGGAAAAUUGGGCCGAUUUCCACCUAUGAUGCAUCACCACUCGGCACCCUCAGAUGGUCAGACACCCGGGGGUCGUUUCCAGAGGUCUCACCUUGCAGAGGCCUUUGCAAAGGCCAAGGGAGCAGGUGGAAGUGCUGGAGGAGGGGGUAGUGGAAGAGGACUGAUGGGCCAGAUCAUUCCAAUCUAUGGCUUUGGGAUCUUUUUGUACAUACUGUACAUUUUGUUUAAGCUUUCAAAGGGGAAAACUGCAGAGGAUCGGAGCUGCUCCACUGCCCCACCCGGAAAUACCCACAGGAAGAUUACCAACUUUGAGCUUGUUCAACUACAAGAAAAACUAAAAGAGACAGAGGAAGCCAUGGAAAAAUUAAUCAACAGAGUGGGACCUAAUGGUGAGAGCAGAGCACAGACUGUGACUUCUGACCAAGAGAAACGAUUACUGCAUCAGCUCCGAGAAAUCACCAGGGUCAUGAAAGAAGGCAAGUUCAUUGACACAUCUCCAGAGAAGGAAGCUGAGGAAGCCCCAUACAUGGAGGACUGGGAAGGUUACCCAGAAGAGACAUAUCCAAUGUAUGACCUUUCGGAUGGUAUCAAGCGUAGGCAAGAAACAAUCCUGGUGGAUUACCCUGAUCCGAAAGAGCCCUCUGCUGAAGAAAUAGCUGAACAAAUGGGAGAAUUAGAAGAGGAAGGAUCAGAGCAUUUGAGCUGGGAUCGUUUGCCCACUGACCCUGGAGCCCAGAAGGAGAAUUCUGUUACCCUGUGUGAUCCUAAACCAGAAUCAUGCUCCUGCUGUUUUCAUGAAGAAGAGGAUCCUGCUGUCUUGGCAGAGAACGCUGGCUUCAGUGCAGAUGGCUACAGUGAGCAAGAGGAAGCCACCAAGGAAAACUUGCUCCAAGACUUUACGAAUGAAGGGCUGGGGAUCAGCACUGAUAAUACACACAUGGGUGGCACGCUAAGGAAGCGCAAUCCCCAGGGUUUUGAGUGAAAGCAGCCUGCUUGGAAAAGUAUCCAUUACUCUGUUCCCAUGGCACCUUUCCUCAGUUUCAUCCAUGCUCCUGUGCUCUCUGCAUCCUUCUCUGUGUUCAGUAUCAUAGUUCUUGGGCCACUACCAUGGAUACAGUCUAUCCUUCCUGGUGCUUGCACAUGUGUCACUUUGUAAAGUAGCCAUUAGUGUGAACACGGGACAGAAUCACCUUUCUCCUCUUGCCUUUCCCUAUCUGAGACACUAACACAUCCAGUAAUUGUGUUUGACUGCUUGUGCUUUGCAGGUGGUACCACCUAGGCAAACAUCUGACCCCUCCUCACAGGAGCAGCAGAUGAUUUACCUGUGAGUGAUUUAUUGAAUGGAUGUUAGGAUAGGAUGGCUGUGAGUGAGAACUGGGUUGGCAAAUAUUGAGGACUUCCGUUUUAAGAAUGAAGAUGUUAGAUUCCCAAAUGCCUUAUUGUUUGGGCCUUCAGCUGGUUAGUGGUCCCCUAAGAAGACCAUGCUUGGUUCUGAGGCUAGGGGCCCAGCGCACAGCAAGAUAGCUGAUUGAGCUGCAAUCUCUCCUCAUAGCCUUCUAAGAUACCCUGACUCCUCCAGAGCAGCAGGCCAUGAACUCACAGGCCUAUUUGGAGACCAUUUCUCUUGUAUAUUCCCUCAAUCCCUAGCUUCCUUUGUCCUUAUUCUCUUGAACAGAACUGCCAAAUCUUCUCCUUUGAAUGUCUUCUGUGGCUAGAGGGAAUUUGAGGCAUUAGUUUGUGUCCCACAAGCUGAAGUUUGAGGCUGUUGAAGCUACAGGACUGCUUAAGUAUGGUGGUCCUUCCUGAGGAGCUCAGGAAACAGUGUCUUUGUGAGACAAGAUGGAACCUAAGAAUUCUAACGAGGGUGAGUCAGUUCAGCUACAUGAUUAGAAACUGAAAGGCCAUGUAUCUCCAACAACAUUCCCAGUCAUGAAAUGGGAGACUCAAAAUUUAAGGAAUUUUGUGAAGCUGGAUACAGUCUUUAGAGUUCUAUUGUACCUGGUAUGAAUACGAUGCCAGAAGAUAGUUUGGGCCACUUGGGAGCAUACUGUACUGGCUGUCAUCAGAAAGUCUGAGACCACACUAAGAUAUUGUCAGCUACUAGAAAGCUUUAUAUGUUAGCUGGACUUGAGAAGACCCUUAAGAGUGAGUCUAAAAACACACACUGUAUCAAUCCCUGUGUAGAAUGUUUGAUUGAAAUUGUGCAGAAUGCAGUCUUGACAUAACUAAGCAUAAAAAGCAGUAGAUACUCUUGUUUUGGCAGAUUGUUUUCUAGAUGGUUCUGGUAUCCACCAUGAGAAGUUGACUUAGGAUAGCUGGUUAGAACACUGGUUCUAACAUAGGACAUAAUUCUGUUACUAGAUAAAAACUUGUUUCCUUCUCA